UGUACCAAAAUUUUUAGGCCAAUUAUGUUACCAGAUGAGAUAUGCAAUGCAAAGCAGUUGAGACAUUUAAUUGGAUGCUUCAAGUGGCCUUUCCCAGUGGAAAGCCUAACAAACCUUCAAACUCUAAACUACAUUGUGGUUAAUGACCGGAUGGAAUUUAAUCCAUCAAGGGAUUUAAUCAAUCUUCGCGAGCUUCGCGUAUCAUUUAAUGGAGAAAGCAAGGGGUUCACUCUAGACUCUAUUGGUAGAUUAAGAAACCUCCGAACAUUAUAUCUCGUGAGUAGGGGCACUGUUUGGAAUCCUACACUGCAACCACUUUCUCAAUGCCAGCACCUCCUUCAAUUGAAGUUACAUAAAAAAAUAGGAAAUCUACCAACAGAGAUGCACAAAUUCUUACCGAAUCUCAAAUACCUCUCCUUGGAGGGAUCGGAAAUGGAGGAAGAUCCUAUGCCGUCAUUAGAGAAACUUCCAAAGCUGACAAUUCUUGACUUGUGGAAUUACACCGUAUAUAAAUUUGCUUGCACUGCAGGAGGGUUCCCUCAACUCGAAAUUCUAUUUAUUUACGGGGGUGAUGUGAAGGAGUUACAAGUGGAUGAAGGAGGAAUGCCUCUGCUUCGGGGUUUGGGUUUGUACUUCUGUGACAAGGUUAGCAUCCCAGAGAGAUUAAGGUCCAUCCCUGUCCCCAAAAAUUGGGAUGUCACAAGGUAUGAUGAGUGGCCCUACUAACAAAGAAAACAAGUUACAGGAAUGAAAGUUGGAGGAAACAAAGGAAGUGGUUGGUGAUGCUUGUGCGUGCCUGUUGUGCUGUUGGAGACUUGGAGUUCUUUUUAUUUAUUUAAUUUUUUUUCCUUCUAUUUGUUGUCAUGUUGGCGUGCUUGUCAUGUUUGUUGUAUUUGGUUUUCCGAUGACUUCUCUUUUUAUUAUUUAUGUAUAAAAGACUGAUGUGUGGUUAUAUUACUGCUACUAUUGGCUAUUACUUUUUUAAUUGUGAUAAUAUAUAUUGUUAUGAACA